AAUUCCCCGUCGAGUCCUGUUCCAAUAAUGGCUCCUUCAGCUACGGCAGAGAUCGUCGCUCCAGUCUCCAAGGUGGAGGUUGCUGCUCAGCCUGAGAAACAUGUUCAUGGGGCGGAGGACAAGACACCUCUCGAAGCCAUUAGCCAUGGCCCUUUGAUUCAGCCAGGCAUUCCUGUGUUCUCCUCCCAUGCUGAACACCGUCGUCACAUCUUAAUCCAUACCGCAGCCGUCUUCCGCGAUUUUGCCAGGAAAGGGUUCACCGAAGGAAUGAGCGGCCAUAUCUCUGUACGCGAUCCAGAGUUUCCGAACUACAUCUGGAUGAACCCGCUCGGCAGGCACUUUGGCUUGAUGACCGCGGGCGAUUUGAUAUGUCUAGAUGUUUUCUCCGGAAAAGUAGUUGGGGGGAAUAAGACGAAAACAGCAAAUGCGGCAGGUUUCUUCAUCCAUUCUGAAAUCCACAAGGCUCGCCCAGAUGUUCAUGCCGUGUGUCAUGCCCAUACAAUAGCCGGUCGAGCCUGGUCAGCAUUCGGCACCGGCCUUGAUAUGUUAAAUCAGGACAUAUGCAACCUGUAUAACAGUAUCGCAGUGUACAAGUCAUACGGCGGGAUCGUAUUCGCAGAAGAGGAAGGCAGAAACAUUGCUCGAGCUCUAGGUGAAAAGAACAAGGUCGCUAUUCUCCUUAACCACGGUCUGUUAUCCACAGGUAGCACAGUGGAUGAGGCCGGGUUUCUCUUCGGACUCCUCGAUCGUGGAUGUGCGAUGCAGCUGCAGGUCGAAGCCGCUCGCGCUGGGAAUCCCGCCCUCGUCAGACACGUCAUUAGUGAUGAAGAGGCAGCAUAUAACUUCAAGAUGGCGAGUGAGAAGAAUGCGCUUUACGCCGAGGCGCAACCGGAUAUUGAGUAUGAGAUGGAGAUGGCUGGCCCGGGGGUCAUAGAGAGGGGAGUUGAGAAUAUGACUAUUGACCAUGGACUGUAAGUUGGGAAUAGGCUCAGGCAUGAAUGAUAGAUUUGGACGAAGUUUGGGUUAAUGUCAACAAUGUACUCAUCAUGCCUUGUGGUUUCGUGAUCGCUAUUUUGUCCAAGAGGGCUCCAGAGUAGUUGAUG